UUAAACUACAUUAUUUACAUUAUCAUCAUUGCCAAAUAAAAUUACGUUACAUUAUAUUAUAUUAUACUACCCUCCAUGAAUUUUAUAUAUUUUUUUAGACAUUAUUCUUUUCUUCUCUAUCUUUUUAUCUUAUUUGGUCUUUUUUUCUGUUGCGGUUUUGGAGAGUUUUGGUAGAGAGGGUUGACAUGGAGGAAAGAUAUGAGCCGUUAAAGGAACUUGGUUCUGGAAAUUUUGGUGUUGCUAGGUUGGCUAAAGACAAGAAUACAGGGGAGCUUGUUGCUCUCAAAUACAUAGAGAGGGGUAAAAAGAUUGAUGAGAAUGUACAGAGAGAGAUAAUUAACCACAGGUCAUUAAGGCAUCCAAAUAUUAUCAGGUUCAAAGAGGUCUUGCUGACCCCUUCUCAUUUAGCCAUUGUCUUGGAGUAUGCUGCUGGAGGUGAACUCUUUGAGAGGAUAUGCACCGCUGGUCGAUUUAGUGAAGACGAGGCAAGAUAUUUCUUCCAACAGCUAAUAUCUGGUGUUAGCUACUGUCAUUCCAUGGAAAUCUGCCAUAGAGAUCUGAAGUUGGAAAACACUCUAUUGGAUGGAAAUCCAUCCCCUCGACUUAAAAUUUGCGACUUCGGUUACUCCAAGUCUGCAAUACUGCACUCUCAACCAAAGUCUACAGUUGGAACUCCUGCAUACAUUGCUCCCGAGGUUCUGUCGCGAAAGGAGUACGAUGGAAAGAUUGCAGACGUUUGGUCCUGUGGUGUGACACUUUAUGUCAUGCUAGUUGGUGCAUAUCCAUUUGAAGAACCAGAAGAUCCUAGAAAUUUUAGAAAGACCAUUGGGAGAAUAAUAGGUGUCCAGUACUCCAUACCCGACUAUGUUCGCAUUUCUGCCGAGUGUAGGAGUCUUCUAUCUCGCAUCUUUGUCGCCGAUCCUGCCAAGAGGAUAACCAUCCCAGAGAUCAAACAGAACCCUUGGUUUUUGAAGAAUAUGCCUAAAGAGAUCAUUGAAGCUGAAAGAAAAGGUUUUAUGGAAACAAAGAAAGACCAACCAAGCCAAAGUGUUGAAGAAAUCAUGAGGAUCAUACAAGAGGCAAGGACACCAGGACAAGGAUCCAAAGCUAUCGAUGGUGGUCAAGCUGGGACCGGUUCAAUGGACGUUGACGACGAAGAAAUUGAUGUCAGUGGUGACUAUGAAAAUGUGUGAUUUGAGGCCUUCAUUGGUGGAUGGCUACAUUGUUUAUAAAACAUGAUCUGCAUUAUUAACAUUUACCAAAUGCAACAUUCAUGUUCUAAGCAUACACACUACCUAGGUUUGAAAUAGAGUUUUGUGUUUAUUUGAGUGUGAAUAAUAUUGAUAAAAGGAUUGAAUUGGUUUUCAUUCAGUAAAAUCCCAUACUAAGGGCAAAAUUGUUUGAUAAUAGUUUAGUUUAUGAGCAGUUCAAAAACUUUGGCUUUUU